AUGGACAAGUACUUGAUGGCUUUCAUCUUGUCUAUGACACAUGGACUACUUCCUUUGAAAGUUUCCGUCCUCGAGGAUUUUAUAAUGUUUUGUCUGGGCCUUGAUCCCCCUUGUAUCGAAAGGGCUUUAAACCUGCGGGAAGUACCUCUACACCAGCUCAGCAAAACCAAAGCACAGUACCAGCAGCGUGAUACGGCCCAGCCUACCCCGGUCGUCGUGCGUUCUGGCAAUUCAGCAGCGCCUGUAAUGUAA